CGAAAUUUUCCUUUCCAUAUUGCGCCUGCCUAAGCUGAGAGCUGACCCAUUCUUCUCUUGCAGUUCUACUAUCUCGUCCAGGGAGGCUUUUGGAUGCAUCAGAUCCUUGUGCUCAAUCUAGAAGCACGACGAAAAGACUGCGAGCAGAUGUUUGCGCAUCACGUCAUCGCGAUUGCUCUCAUCGUAAGCUCAUACAUCACCAAUUACCACAGGAUAGGAAAUGCCAUCCUGUGCUUGAUGGACCCAAGCGAUAUUCUACUUUCCGUGAGUGGUCGCAUUCUUACCACUAUUCGUCUGUGGCCGGCAAUCUCACGUCCCUUCCUCUCUGCUCUAUCAGGCGGCAAAAUGCUUGCGAUAUAUUGGCCCAGCAAACGCUUUGUGACAUUGACUUUGCCCUUUUCGUCCUGAGUUGGGUCAUCACGCGCCACGUGCUCUACGGAAUCGUCAUCUGGUCUGCAGCGACC